GGAUCGAUGAGGUUAUAUUACUUACAUAAAGUCGAUACGUGAUGUCGCAUUUUAAUCACAUGAUAUGUGACACUCGUAAUUCAUGCGGAUAGUUUGUCACGGUUCCUUGCCGGACAAUCAAUCUUUGACCUCGACCGCCACAGCACCAGCGCUGAGCUUGUGUUCUUGAGGCUUUCAUUCCAAGCACCGUUGUAUUCGGACCCGUUAUCUUGGGAGGUGCAAUUGGUGAGUUGGCUCUCGUCCUAGUGUUACCUGCGCGUUAAUCCGUCAUGCUUGCGAUUAGUUGUUCCGUUCGCUUUUAGCCUUGGCCUAAACAUUUCGAUGAUCGCGAUCCACUGAGCGGAAAUGGCCGUCCCACAAUCUAAUUUCCCUAUCACUCCUAAUGUAAUGGUGCCACCACCUCUUCCUCCGGGGUGGACGGAGCACAGAGCGCCAAGCGGCCAUCCGUACUAUUACAAUACGCUAACAAAAGAGUCUACAUAUGUUCGGCCAAUGCCUGCGUUGUCUGUCGCGGCACAGUCCUUACGGAACAAGGACAAGAAGAAAGAGAAGCCGAAAAUCAAAACACCCGUGCCUGGAACGGCAUGGAUGCGUGUUAUCACAACAUUGGGAAAUGUAUUCUACACUCAUACAGAGCGGAAGCAGAGUGUUUGGAGUGUUCCCGAUGAGAUCAAGGAAGCGGUGGAGCAAAUGGAGCGAGAAGAAAAGGAGAAGGAGGUGCAAGAGGCCCGGAAGAAACGUGCAGACGAAGAAGAACUUAGACUAGCUGUUGAGAAGGAAGUUGAACGGCUAAGAAACGAAGUUGAAGCUGAUGUGGCAGUUAAACGCAAGCCCGAACCGAUAGACGAAAUAGUUGUGUCUAAGAGGGCGAGAGUGGACGAGGAAGAAGCCGAAGAAGAGAGCGAGGGAGAAGAGGAAGAAGAUGAGGAAGAGGACUGGCAACGGGAGGCGGCAGCCCAGCUGGCGGCUGAGGCUGAGGCAGAAGAACGCCGGGUGAAAGAGGAAGAAGAACGGAGGAAGCGGGACGAUGAGGAAGAUAGGAAACGAAAUGAGAUGGAAAAGGGUACCCCUGCGUUGAACAUGCCUACUCGUGUGGAUCUAUCAACUGAAGAGGCGAAAGCACUAUUCAAGACCCUACUUCGCGAAAAGGACAUUAAUCCUCUUCUACCUUGGGAUACUGCUUUACCUCAGUUUGUAUCCGAUCCGCGUUAUGUCCUUCUCCCAUCUGUUUCAGCAAGGAAAGACGCGUUUGACGAAUAUUGUCGUGACCGAGCCCGUGAGUUGAGACAAGCAAAACUUGCGGCGCAGAAUGCCACGGCCUCCGAGGAUAUGAAAGAUCCGAAAGCAGAAUUCGAUAAGUUACUGCAUGAGGAGGUGAAAAGCACUCGCACCAGCUGGACAGAGUGGCGGAGAACAUGGAAGAAGGAUCGGCGCUUUUACGGGUGGGGUCGCGAUGACCGGGAACGCGAAAAGAGAUUUAGGGAUUGGCUCAAAGAACUUGGCGAGCAGAAACGUAAGGCCGCCGCUAAGGCCGAGUCGGACUUCUUCAUGCUUUUGAAAGAGAAAACCCAUAUUUCUCAGACGUCCUCUUGGAAGGAUGUCAAGCGAGGGCUUGACAAAGACCCGCGCUACGAUGCAGUUGGUUCGUCUUCUCUUCGAGAAGAGCUCUUCAAUACCUAUAAGAAAUCGCUGUCGGGAGAAGCACAACUUACGGUGGGACCAAGCAAGUCCGACACCUCGAAUGGAAAUGAAGCCGAUCAAAAGCGCAAGGAUAGGGAACGAAAGGAACGAGCUAUUAAGGAACGAGAGGAACAAGUCAGGCGAGAACGUGGACGCGUGGAAACUGAAAUGAACCGAUCACGCAAAGCGUUGUCUCGUGAAGAGAGCGAAUUGGAAUUUAUGACAUUACUAACAGACGCUAUCCGGGAACCAACGGCUACUUGGACUUCGUCCCUUGACCAACUCAAGACAGACCCUAGAUUCACACAUAGUAUUCUCCCCAACCAAACUCGACAGACACUAUUCCACAAACAUGUCGGUGCCUUGCGGAACAAACAUCUUCUUGCGCUGCACGCGCUCUUCGAGGCGCAUGCACCUGUUUUAAAUACGGAAUUCGCCGAGCUUCCCAUAUCCUCUAUUCAGACGUCCCUUCCGGCGCAGAAAUUGCGACUUGAUAAUGAUACUGACGCAUUGGAGCGUGAAUAUCGGGAAUGGCGAGCGGCCCGCACCGCUCGUGCCGAACACGAGUUUCAAGAUAUGCUCAACGAAAACGCUUUCAUAGAGUUCUGGGGACGCGUGCGCAAAAUGCGCGAGGAGGGUGAAGGCGGUAUAAAGGUUGAAAUCGGUGCGGAAGAUCUAGCCGGUGAAGAAGACGAGAGCGGGAAGAUCGAUCUGAAAACUCUUGCAAAGAGCGUGGAUGUACAGGAGAUCGAAAGAGUGCUGAAGAAUGACAAGCGCUAUACGGUGUUUGAUCAUAUUCCGGAUCAGCGAGAGAAGUGGAUUAGGGCACAUAUUGAAAAGUUGGCUGCUCCAAAGCUUUCCGUGCAUAUAUCAGAGCAUGGACGUUAAUGUCUUCCGGGAAUCUGUACUCUGAAUGACCUCUUUCUUGUCAGAUAAUACCAACGAAUUUACCGGUCCGGAACUUCCAUAACUACGGAAGCGUGUGUCUCCGAUGAUUAAUAGGUGUAUUCUAUAAACUCCCGAUAUAUCGUUCGGCGCAUGUAGAGUUAGAGCGCGAUCUCCGGAACAUUAGAAACCGCCGUAUUCAAUUUGAUUGAUUUUAUCUCAACCGCAAUUAUUGUCGUAUAUCGACGCGGAGCUCGUGGCGGUUACGUCUGAUGCCGAUGCACGCCGUGGUUAGAUACAGCUCCGUUAGUUACUGCGCCAUGUCCGUCCACCACGCUACUAUGGUCACACUUGACGGAGAUCUCGGUUCCUAGACUGUCUGGACGCGUAGCCAUGCUUUUUACAGCAUAGCCAAACGCGUCUCUUGCUUGUCUUGACGUGUGGAUUUGUUCCAUCACGGCCAUGACCAAAAAAUCGGGGUCCGGAGGAUAUGGGAUGAGGGCACACCAGGCGGAACGUGGCUGAGGUAGAUAUGGGCAAUAUUGGAGAAGUUUCUCAAACAGUUGCACACGAGGUGAUCACUACAUUUGAAUAAUCUCUAUUUCUGUCCAGUACAUCUCUGCGCAGAAGACUCCAACAUGCAUUCUCCAAACCAGCUGAACAUCUUCGUCACCGGUGCUACAGGAUACAUCGGUGGUUCUAUUCUUUGGCGACUUGUUCACCACAAGGAUGCUGGUAUUUUCAAGAUCAAGGCUCUAAUUCGCGACGCGGCGAAAGCAAAACGCUUUGCAGCCGAAUAUGGCAUUGAACCAGUCAUAGGCUCUCUUCAAGAAAUUGCGAAACUCGAGCAUCAUGCCUCUGAGGCCGACUAUGUUAUCACAACGGCUGACGUUGUUGAUUAUGAUGCCUGCAAAGCAAUCCUCAAAGGCAUGAAGAAGCGUAAUAAACUGACGGGCAAAGUUCCCGUACUAAUUCAAACGUCUGGUACUGGUGUUCUUGAUGAUGAUGCUGCCGGCAUGUAUGCGAGCACGAAGGUGUUUGAUGACACGAAAAUCGAGGAAAUUGAGGCGCUUCCACUCACUCAGCCCCAUCGGCUUGUCGAUUCACAAAUUGUCGAAGCAGAUAAAGAAGGCUACGCGAAGACAUAUUUGAUCUUUCCCUCGACUGUCUACGGAAUCGCCAAGAAUGGCUUCACAGACAAGGGCCUUCAGAAUCCAUACUCGAUUCAAGUCCCCUAUCUCAUUCGUGCUGGCCUCGACCGUGGGCAAGGUGGUGUCGUGGGAUUAGGCAAGAACAUGUGGCCGAAUGUACACAUCGACGAUCAGGCUGAUCUGUACAUCCGCGUUUUUGAUCAAAGCCGCGGGGAUAGGAAUGCGCCGCACGGACGUGAAGGUUUCUACUUUGCCGAGAAUGGUGAACAUGUGUUGUACGACGUUUGCAAACGCAUCUCCGAGGUACUCUUCUCGCUGGGGAAGUCGAAGUCACCCGAGCCUACCACGUUUAAGCGAGAAGAAUGCUUGAAAUACUUUGGUGAUGGGCCGGACUGGUUUGGAAGCAAUAGUCGGUGCUUAGCAUCAAGAUCUCGAGCCAUUGGCUGGGCUCCCAAGUACACCACAGCAGAUCUUCUUGCGUCGAUUCGUCCUGAAGUGGAAGCAGUGAUCCGCAGUGAUAAAUUCAAACAUCAUUGAAAUAGUUCCAUUUGAACAGAAUCGGAGUGACUGUACUUGUAAUAGGAGUGCCACUGGAUUGGACUUCGGAUAGUAUGUAACUUUUGAUAUAAUACGAGGAUUG